AUAAUCAAACAUCAACAAAACACAGGAAAACUGUGGUUAUUGCGGAUUAUAUCACAGAGAAAAUUGAUUUGUUUAAAUUAUACAAAUAUAAAUUAAUAAACUUUUGGUAGUAUGUUUAUUUAUGUAAUGUAUCCGUGUUGACCACGCGGCAACAUUUCAAUGGAGACCUCUUCUACAGUGAUUUGAUGACAGUAUUAUAUAAAUAUUAAUUCCAUUCUUAAUGAAGAAUAAUUUUGUUGUUUUAAGAACGAGAGACAAAUUGCAAUUUAAGGUUAACUUUUCACAGCAACAGUGUAACACAUGUCUGCUUAGAGGUUAUACAGAACAAAACUUUAAGAAAACCCUGCUGAAGAAUUCUAAAUAUGGACAAUAAACUUAACUGUUGAUGUGAACAGUCUUUCAACAGAAAAAAAGCCAGUGUAUGGAGUGAUGUGAAAGGGCCAUUCCCAGAAACAAGGCUGUAUGGACAUUUAUUACAGUUUACAAAACAUUUUCUGUGAAAUUUCACAAUUACUGUGGCAUUACUAAAGUGAAUAUUCAAAGUACUGUAUGACGGAAAGAUUACUUCAGCGGUUUUACUUGUCGUGCUUGUUUUGCUGUUAAGGACAUGAAAAGUCUUAAAGAGCUGCCAGUUCUGUGUGUUUAAUCCGCCUUAAUGCCACUGCAAGUGAAGUGCACUUCUGCAGCGCUUUUAAUCAAAAUCUUUUAAUCCGCUUUCAAGUUUCCAUUGUUAUACAAUAUGCGUUCUAGACUGGUAUUUGAAAUGAUCGACAUAUGGACAACAUUUCUCUGUCAGAGCUGAUUAGUUGGCAAAAUCAUUAAGUAAAGACCUGCAGAAGCAUAUCACUUGAUUUUUUAUCCGAAGGAUUACGAGAAAUGCUUUUACAAUAAAGCGAAAGUCUCCAUAAAAUUCCUAAGUCUGCCUUACUUUUGCCCUUCAUAGGACUGCACUAAUACCUUUAAAUCAAAUCAAUAAACUGCUGUUUUACAAAGAGAAUUUUAAAUUAAAUUAAGCCAUUAAAAAGAAUUAAAGUAUGAAUGGCCCAAUAAUAAACCCACGAGAUUUCGAGUAUUUAACCCAGAGCGAUCAAGAAUACCUCUAUACUAUCGAGAGAUUGUAUCUGUUAAACAGUGGUAAACUUAAACACUUCCAUGUGUUAGGGCCUUGGCACCAGGUAACAUCGAGUCAGUUAAAUAAAAUUGUGGAACGUGUAGCAACACCAAACCCAAGACCAUGCUCUAGGGGUCACGUUAAGGGACUUUGGUGUGUAGAAGAUCCAGAUUAUAUCACAGGACCUACAAUAUUGAAAUAUCAAGGAUCUGGAAGCACUACACCAAGAAGUGGAGUUUCUACACCGAGGACACCAAGGAAAGUUAAAAUUCAAACAACGCCAAAAAAUAAGUACUCAGUACCACGAAAAUACCAAGUAGUGCCGAAACCAACACCUUGGAUUAUUAUGGAACCAUCAAAGAAGAAAAAUUUCAUUGUUGACGAUCCACCUGAUCCUUCAUACAGAGAAACAUCAGCCAGUCUGCCACGAUCCGCUCAGACUCGAAGGUCAAUUGCAACAUCAAGGCCAAGCACUGGACGUAGCUCACAAUUUGUUAAAAGUCAGUACAGUACGACGGUGACACCAAAUGAACUGAAUGCCAUUGUUGAGCGGGUGACAAAACCUACACAUGCCAGCAAAGGUGGGGUAGAUCUUCAAGAAAAAUACAGAAACAAAGACUAUGUUUAUGGGUCAAGGGCAUGCACUCCGAACAUCAAGCAUAUUGCUCAACCGACCAUAUCCAGCCGUGGAGGUAAGGACAUUGCGGAGAAAUUUGAAAGCAAGGAUUAUGUUUAUGGAUCAGGAACUGUAACUCCAGAUAAGCUAGAUAACAUUGUAAGUAGAAUUACCCGCCCCACUGUUGCAAGCACAGGUGGCGCUGGUGUCGACAGGCAGUACACAGAUUUUGUCUAUGGAGAGCAGAAAGUUUCAAAGGAUGAAGUGAAUGAAAUAACCGAGCGUAUUAGCAAACCGACUGUCUCAAGUCGAGGAGGAGUGGAUUUACAAGAUAAAGAGUUUGUGUACAUAAAACCCCCAAAAGUUAAGACAAACAUUAUUAUACCAGGACUAGAUAAGAAAUUCAUUGGAAGGAAAAAACUGUCACAAGAUGAGAUGAAUGAAAUCAUUGAAAGACUCACAAAACUUACACCGGCUUACGAAGCUAAAUUUGCUGUCUGUCCACAUGUAUGGAAAGACACUUCAGCCAGAACUGGACCUGCCCAUCAACGUGACAGUUUAGUAGCAUCCUAGAACAAUUAGCACCUUGGUACAUAUUAAUUUACCAUUUAAAUCCAAUGUACACAAUAAUAUAAGUAAUAAACUGACUUAAACUCCGGUCCUUUGGAGAGAUAAUUAAAAAUAAUAGUAGAUUAACAUGAUUUUAUUUUUAUGAUAUCUAAUAUUUUGCAAAAAAGUCUGGCUUCAUUAAGGUAGCAUAAACUGUCUGAGUAUGUAGCCGAGCUACAAUUAAAGAAUAUAUUGUUUGAACAAGGAGCUGUAUGAUUCUGACAAGUCACAAUUUGUGUGGUUCAAGUCCACUAAUAAUUAAGACAUAAUAUGAAAGUGUUUGCUGAAAAGACAAUAUAAACAGGAAAAGCUUAUACAUUGUACAUGUUUAAAUACAUGUUUAAAGGUGUAGUAUGUACUAAAAUAUAUUUAUCAUUAUAGAUUUUGAUUCAAAUCUACAAAUCCUGCUCAAUACAUUUAACUUGGCUAAAUACAUUAGCUAACUGUGUAAUUUUACCUAUGUUGUAACAGACAUUUAUUUUAAAAAAAUCAUUUUUAGUUUUGUUACAUAAUUAAUACUGCAUUUACUUAUAAAUUUAUUAGCGUGCAGUGUUUUAAAGCAAACACACAUUACUCUUUAUACACAAACAUUUAUGUUAUGUGUGCAUGUGAUACAAUGAAGUAAUUUUUCAUAUUUUCAAAAUUUAAGCAUUAUAUAUCUUUAAUGAUAGUUCUCCAUGAAAUUGCACAAACAUGUAUUUGUCAAAUUGUUACCAUUUUUAUGGUGUAUGUCUUAAUUAAUCAUAUAAUUGCUGGAACUAUUUAUUGUAUGAUUUUAUGUUUGGAAUUUACCUCUUUUUGCCAUAAUUUUAGUCAGACAUGGGCUUGUAUACAAAAAUUAUAUACCAAUAAGCUUCAUUUCAAAGUCUGUAGGCCAUCUCCAAAUUAUUACUAGCCUAUUUGAAUGAUUUUAUGAAUGUACUCAGAAAUAGUCAAGUAUUAAGUAGAGCUGUUAGACUGGUAUUCAAACUCUUGUUUUAUAACUGUCUGACUGGUUCUUUCUAUUUCCUGCUGAUUUGUCAAUUUUGUAUUUUAUGUAAAAACUGGACUGGGUGACAUAAAAAGCCUAUAAUAUCUGCCAUAUAACUGCUAUGUCUGCUAAAAGUUCCACAGAGUUAAGCCUAAAGGAACAUAAAAUUCUUUUUACUUCUCUGCUCUAUUACAUAUCUUCCUCUCUAUCGCUCUAUCACUAUCAUCAAGUGUUUUCUAUUUUAUCAGAGAUUUAUCAUAGAGUUUUCUGUCUGAUGUGAUGAUCAAAUUGAGGACACUUUCUCUGUAUGUGUGCUUAUCAAAUUAAGGACAUGUUCUGUUCAUGCAGUGAGCAAAGUGAGGACAUUAUCAUGUGUGCAUGCAGUGAUUAUUAAAGGGACAUCCUUCAUGCAAUAAGAGGUUGACUAAAAAUGGAAUUUUAGCCAUGCUGUAUUCUAUACUCAUAAACUAUACAAUUCAGUUCAUUGACAUUUUAAUCUUUCUAUACAUCCAAUGCGACAAUCCCAUUCAUAUAUUGCAAACUGUGUUCCAGUUACAUCUUUCUCUUUCUGAAAUGUUUUAUAUAUAUGUAUUUUUUCUUCGUUUAGAAAAAUCAAAACAUAGAUUUGCAGAGCAUUGUUAGAAUAUAUCAGACUGCAGAAUUCUUUAUACAUGUGUGUUUCAUGAAAAAUUAUCAAAAUUUAUUAUCAACUUUUGUUGAAAUUUGGUGUCACAGAUUCCUGUAUAAAUGAAUCAUAAAAAUGCUGUUUUAAACUAAAAAUUGUUUGAUUUAAUUGUAUAUUUUAUUCUAGUGAUUGUAUCUAACUGUAAUCAUUGUAUAUAAUAAAAGUAAUUUGGCAUUUGCUACUCUACAACUUUG